GCUUUUAUGACUUCUACCGAUUAACAAUCAUCUUCACCACAUUAUCAAUACAAUGACUCUUUCUUUUGCUCAAGUAAAACUUGUUGCAGCAAUAAAGUUGCACUUUUUGGGAGGUGUCCACAAAACUUGAAAUGUUGAAACCACAAAUUUCCUUCCUUCCUCUUGGAGAAAUCAGAAGAGUACUAUGAGUGUUUUUGAAAGUGAGGGUCGGUUGCCAAUGUUCAGAUUGUAUAGUAAAAUAUCAAUGCUCUGAUUUUUGUGAGCAUGUACAUUAUUGUCCCUUCAGCUCUUUCUUAUCUUGCAAAAUUUGAACAUCAUCUUACUGUAUCUGGUGAGCAAAGGGUUGAACUGCUGAAUAUGGUUUGCUUCUUUCUGGUAAAUCUCAUUUUGCUUAGGGCUCUGGCCGAAUCGACUGUUGUGGGUGCUCUCUUAAGUAUGGGUCCCCGUUAUUUGGAUGGACAAGAUUGCAAAAAGAUCGAGCAGUACAUGACUGCUUCCUUUUUGACGAGGACAUGCCUUUCGUCUCUAGCAGUUUUAAUUACAAGCAGUUUCUUGGGUAUAUCUUUUGAUUUAUUAGCUCCAAUUCCUUGGAUUAACAAGAAGCUUCAAAAGUUUCGUAAAAAUGACAUGCUUCAGCUGGUACCAGAAACGAGUGAGGACUAUCCAUUGGAAAAUCAAGACAUUGAUAGUUUGGAGAGGCCUCUGAUUCAUGAAAGGACUUCAACUGUGAUUGCUGACAACAAUGGAUUUUUACGUGAUGCCUCUCCAAAUGAAAUUGAUUUCCCUGGACAAGAUUUGUCUGAAUACCCUCCGGUCAACCGAACCUCACCAGUUCCAAAGCCGAAGUUCGAUUUUGCACAGUAUUAUGUUUGCUCCUCUAGUGGUCCCUGUUGGUGCAGUUUACUUUGGGUACAGGAAAUAAAUUUGGCAACUUCAUACAGCGGCAGACACUUUUUCAUGGAGGAACCGGUAGCACAAGGUGGUUUCCUUCCUUCAUUGAUGGCCAACAAAGCUGAUGAAGUUUAUGGGGUCAGUAGUACUAAUUCUAAUUCAGUUCCGCUCCAAAAGACUCCGACGGUUGGUGUAAGGCUUCCUAUAGUAGGAAAAAUAAGUACUUGUAAUAAUCAAGGGGUAAAGGUAGAUGCACCUGGAUCCAAACUUGAUGAUGAAGCUACUAGCCACCAACAACAAGUGCAAGAGAUGGAAGGAUGGCGAAGAUCCUGA